UUUGGCUCGCAUCCCUGGUAUGGUGGUUCGUUCAGAGGCAGUUGCAUCAGUCUGGCAGCACUGCCCGCUCACAUACACUCAGUCGCCCCCCAAAUGUAUCGGAAACAUGCAGCCGAGUUAAAAUAGUGAAAAACUAGUUAGCAAACACAACCGAUCAGUGCGGAUAAUAAGAAUUGGCAAAUCAAAAUUAAAUGGUAAACAAACGUUAGUCGGCGCGGCUAAUUAACCACAGAGACGCGGAGAGAGUGGCCAGUGAAAGCCAGAACACUCUCUCGCCUCAGCGUGUGUGUGUGUUACGUGUGUGCGUAUGUGUCUGUGUUGACAAAAUACAACAAAUCGCAGCGAAAACAGGAAGUGUGUGAACGAUAAAGCAUAAAGAUUGCACUUUUCGCAUUAAAAUAGGCGACAAAAACCCGGGGGCGCAAGCAGAUCUAUACGUUACGGGCCUACUCAUGCCGCAGAGCAGGGGGCGUUUUUCUAGAUCAGUGACUAGUCUUAUAUGGCUUUAUGUUUUGAUGCUGCUCUGAACCACUGUGAAACAUCACGUCAUUUAUGCCACGCUCCUUCUCCAAAAACCAAAGAUCAAAUUGAUUUCACUGCAUUUGAAUAUAUAUGUCCACAUAUAUACAAUAGUUAAUUUUCGCGCUAUCGCCCAGUCAGCUCAGAAGCAGCCGCUCCCCAACUGAGAGCACAGAGAUACCAGCUCUGGCCACUUGCUCCUCCGGAUCAGGCUCCUGCUCCUGUCCCCGAUCCCCUCCCCCACCCGCCAAAUCCAUAUCCUGCUCCAAAUGACGGACGGCGAACAGCAGGAGGCGCUGGUCAAGCGAGCCGAGGACGAGCGCGAGGAUAUAUUCCGGCGCUACGAACUCGGUCUGGAUCCCAGCAAUGUGGUGGAUUCCUGGGAGAAUCCCACCUUUGAGAUCUACCACAGGACGGACAAAUAUGGCUUCUUGCACGACUCGCGGCUGCCGUCGACGCGGGAUGCCCAGGAGGUGCAUCGCAAUAAGAUCGAAAUGGAGCGGGACAAAAAAUGGAUGAAGAUGCUCAAUCAGUGGCCUCCGCCUCAGGACAAGCUGCACAAGCGCGUCUACAAGGGCAUACCGGACCGCGUGCGAAUGGUGGCCUGGAAUAAGCUGCUCGACAUCCAGCAAUCGAUAAAAAACAAUGCUGGCGUCUACCUCCGAAUGCUGGAGCUGGCCAGAAAAUACUCCACGGAGACGAGACAGAUCGAUGCCGAUGUGAAUCGUCAGUUUCGCGACAAUCUUGCCUUUCGCGAGCGCUACAGCGUAAAGCAGUGCUCGCUAUUCAAUGUGCUCAACGCCUAUAGCAUCUACAACUCGGAACUGGGCUACUGCCAGGGCAUGGCCUGUGUGGCUGGCGUGCUGUUGCUUUAUUUGCACGAGGAGGAGGCUUUUUGGGCAUUAAAUACCCUGAUAACAGACCAAAAAUACGGCAUGCAUGGACUGUUUAUUGAGGGAUUCCCGAAGCUGACGCGAUUCAUCGAUCACCACGACCGCAUCAUGUCGAAAAUAAUGCGAAAACUACACAAGCACUUUACCAAACACAACGUUGACGCCCUGCUGUACGCCAUUAAGUGGUUUUUUGUCGUCUUCGUGGAACGCGUUCCUUUCAGUUUAAGUCUGCGCGUGUGGGAUAUUUUUAUGUUAGACGGCGAUCGGGUCAUUCUGUCCAUGGCCAUCACCAUUCUGUACCUUCACAAAGACGAGCUGUUGCGCCUCAAGGACAUGGACGCCAUCAUUGAGUACUUGCAAGUACGGCUGCACAAGAACUUUGGCUACAGCGACGAUGAUGCCAUUCAGGCCCUGGAACGAGUCAUGAAGAAGCUAAAGGACCUUAAGCUGGAUGUGCCGCCGCCAGCCAAGUCAAACGAGUUCCCCAGCCGCAAACUAGGUGACUUCGUAGAGGCCGAUAUGGAGAAGAAGAUCGGGCGCAGACGCAAUGAUUACACAGACGCGGAGAAGCAAGUCAUAACAGAUGUGAUAUCAAGGCAAGAACAAAACGCGAUCGAUGUUCAGUCCACAGUGUCCUACGAGACUUCCGAGUGCGCAACGGGUGAUGGAUACUCAAUGAAAACGUUUGAGAGUAUCACUAGCUUAGCCACCUCGCCGGCGAAUAGCAGCUACUCGCUGUACAGCAAUGGAUUUGUGGUGACCACUAUCGAAAGUGAUCAAGAUACCGCCCGCAGCCAGAGUAUCCACAAUCUCAGCUACCUGCAUCCGCAUCCAGUUCUGCCCAAUGGGCUGCAGCACAUGCGGCACAGCUUUAGCAGCGAUAGCGACAGUCGCAAUCGCCUCGAUCUGGAUCAGGCACUGGAAGUGCUCCAGCGACAGCAGCUGCCCCUGCAUCCGAAGACUCCAAGCAGCCAGGUGGUGUAUAUCCUGCAAAACGGUGGCGGAGGCAGGCAUAUGGACGGGCAUCGGGAUGCUGCGGAUGACGAUGACGAUGAUGCGCUGAGCGUGGAGAACACACGCCUUUAAUCUUAGUUGAUUCGUAUUUCGUAUUCUUUCUUUAUGUAGUUAAUGUCUGUUUUGCCUAUGCCAAUAAUAAUUCCCCCUUCCCCCAACCCACCCCCAAAAAAAACCCCCCUCAAAAUUCGCUAGUAAUAUCCACAUGUACUUAGCUUUAAUUUUUGUAUUGUCGAACCGACAGGAACAUGAAUUGUUAUUCAUUCAUUGAUGUGUAUAUUUAGUGUUUUUUCCCACAUUCUUUCUUGUCCACUCACUCUCCGAUAUUACCCAACCGAGAGUCUCAACUUAAUAUUCCAAAAACUGAUAACUCCUAAGACUCCAACUAUUCCGUUUGAAACUACGUACAACGAUUAAUAUUUAUUGCUAUCCGCCUAACUUCUUACCCACAAUUCCUUAUAUAUACCUACUAGCCUACUGAUUAGGUAACUUAAGUUUUGCUCUUGCAUUUACUUUAUGUUUGCCUUACAAAAGAAACUCAACUUUAGUUUAUGUUAAAGCCAAAAUUGUAGUUGUAAUCUGAUUAGCCAAUAAUUAUAUGAUUAUACAUAUAGCGAACGUACCACACAAAUAAAUAUGAUUUUGUACUGAAAAGAACACAUUUGCCAGCAUGGUUGAUUUCACAAUUAGCCUAAUGUAUUGUUGUACUGCAAGAUAUGUUGCAGGCCAAGAAAACAGUAUUAGUACGAAGCAUUCCACUCGAUUUGCACCUCACAAACAACAAACACAAGAACACUAACACCGCUAACCCAAAAUUUCACAUUCCCACCAAUCACAAGCACAAUUGAAAACUAAAUGCAAUUUUCCAAAAACCAAAUUUUUUUCCAACGCAUUGGCAACACGACGAACUGGGAUUGAUCAAACCAAAUCGAACAAAAUACGAAAAACUCGAAAACGUAUUCCCAUAAACGCAAUUUAUUAGUUACGCUUACCGUACCCGAGGAUUCGCACUCAAUACGAAGUUCG